AUGUCAAAUGCGUCUCUUAUCAUUGAUGGAGUCCGUGAACUGGAUCAAUGGUGGAACAAGCUCCUAAAGUACGGUGAAGUAGUACUCUCUUCCGUGAAACAAGACGACAGUUCUAAGUAUGGAGUCUCUGACUUGGAUCAAUGGUGUGACGAGCUCCCAAACUACAGUGUCAAACAAUAUUACAGUCCUAAGGCAGAAAAUGAGUCACAGGAAGAGUGUAAAGAAGGCGUGAAGGUGGACAGAGUCGGCGAGGCAUUUAAGGUUGUGGAAGAAACUACCGAACUCUCUUCUCAGGCCGUGACUGCUACUACAAGCUCUUGUAGAUAUCUGUUUGGCAUGCAAAUUUCAUAA